GGCGGCCGCAGCCUCCCUCCUUCCCUCCGUCCCCCCCGCGGAGUUUCCGCCGCAGGACUCGAACUCGCGCCCCAUGGGGCUCCGCUGACCACCGGCCAUGGGCAGCUGCGUCGGGAGGCAGCGCCGGGACAGGCCGGCCGCCCCGGGACACCCCCGAAAGAGAGCAGGCCGCAACGAGCCCCUGAAGAAGGAGCGGCCCAAGUGGAAGAGCGACUACCCCAUGACGGGCGGGCAGCUGCGCAGCAAGCGGGAUGAGUUUUGGGACACCGCGCCCGCCUUCGAAGGCCGUAAGGAGAUCUGGGAUGCGCUGAAGGCCGCCGCUUACGCCGUGGAGGCCAACGACCAUGAGCUGGCCCAAGCCAUCCUGGAUGGGGCCAACAUCACUCUGCCCCACGGUUCCCUGAGCGAGUGCUACGACGAGCUGGGGAACCGCUACCAGCUGCCCGUCUACUGCCUCGCCCCACCCGUCAACCUGCUCCUCGAGCGUGGCGGCAGCGGCGGCGGCGACGAGGACGGCGGGGAGCCCCCCGAGCCCGCCCCCGGUGCCAGGCGAGAGUUCCCCCUCAAGGUGCGCUUAUCCACGGGCAAGGACCUCCGGCUGGACGCCAGCCUGGCCGACCCAGUUGGGCAGCUGAAGCGGCAACUGCAUGCGCGGGAGGGCAUCGAGCCGGCCUGGCAGCGCUGGUUCUUCUCGGGGAAGCUGCUGACCGACCGCACUCGGCUCCAGGACACCAAGAUCCAGAAGGACUUCGUCAUCCAGGUCAUCGUCAACCAACCGCCGCCGCCCCACGACUGAGGUGCCCCGCGAUCCGGGGAGAAGAGGAGCGGGGCCUCCCCGCCCGGGAAGGUCCCUGGGGUCGCAGGGUCAGCCCCAACCCCGUCCAUCCCCCCCCGGCUCUGGGUGCUGACGGCCUCCUGGGGGACCGGGGGUGUGGGGGAUGACAGGACAGGGACACAAUUCCAGGCGGAGCUGGAUCUCCUGGCCAGGGUUUCCAUGGGGCAGUGCUGCUGGCUGCGGGCCUAAGAUGGGGUCUUUCCCAGCUUCAGGUUCUGCUAAGGCCGGCUGACCUUCCCCCUUUGGAUACCGCCAGCCUGGCUGCCUGUUAAGGGCUGUCUUGCGGCCUGCUUCGAGGCUCGGCGGACCCCAGAUCUAUUAGUCCGGUGGCAGUUGCAGUAGUCGGUUUCCCGUCGGGGUCCGCAGCAAGCCGCCUUCGCUGCCCGCAGUCGCCCCGAGCCCCCAGCUCAGGGUGACGGGGACCAGGUGGGGGGACCAGGGAGGGCCUCCCCGUGUCGCCCGGCCCUUGGAGUGGUGGCAGGGGGCUGGCUGGGGCAUUCCAGCAGGCUCCUGGAAAAACGCCUCUUCCCCUGCCCGGGAGCGCGCCGACGGGGGCCCCUUUCCCGGCGGGGCCCUGGGCCCCAGAUCUUUGCCUAUUUAUCAAUAAAGCCUUUUGU